UCUCAUCCCGUCUCAUCUCGUUUGUCGCUCUCCAACCAACUAGUCCGACUGUACUCUCUCUUCGGAGAACUGCCCGCCGAAGUCACAGCCAUGGAAGAAGACAACAUAAUAAUGCCCGUUUGACCCACGGAGCUUGUCCAAGAUGCCAGGCCUUCUGUCCAGUCCUGUUUGUCUCACAGUCAUCUGGUUUUUGUCUUGGUCACUGCCUCCCAGCCGUGCUCAGAUUUGGAGUGAUGAAGUGUUGGACGUGCAGUUUGGGCGUUUGGAGUCGAACGUGACACUGGCAUGCGGGAAGUCACAAAUCAGUKUCCCUGUGGUGUGGCGUCACAACCACAACUCCGUGUCGUCGUGGCACCAAGUGACAUUCAACGGAAGCUUAGUCCUGUUUCUCGUCGACCAAUCAGCACAGGGCAACUACAGCUGCUAUGACGACAGCGGGCUCCUCCUCCACUCGGUCAUACUCCGACUGGGCUAUCCCCCUGGGCUGCUGAGCAUUUCCUGCCGUGUACCCAAUCACACACUUGUUCGCUGCUCCUGGAAGGACUCUGUGAAAACCUUCCUGCCAGCCAAGUACAACACCUCCUUCAGAGGGAAGGAAGAGAAGGAGCCGACCAAAUUGUGCAUCGUGGACUCCACCAACAGGCACUGUGUUGUAGAAGAUCCCGCUUUCUGGCAGACCAUCCACACAUUUGGAGUCACAGAGACAAACGCUCUUGGGUCCCAGACAUCUUACCGCAGAAUCAGACUAAAUGAACUUUUGAAACCAGACCCUCCMCGGUCUGUGUUCAUAGAGGAAGUGGAAGGUUAUCCAUCAAAGUUAUGGGUUACAUGGAAGAAUCCGUCRUCUUGGCCAGAGGACCGUUUCUUUCCCCUGAGAUUUCAUAUUCGAUACAGACCACAGGGAUCCAUGCACUGGUCAGAGAUGAUGACAGAAGAGAAUUCAAUUGAAAUACCCGACGCCACACCGUACCACAGCAACCAGGUUCAGGUUCGGGCCCGCGACGACGUCAGCCCGGAGAGCCAGUGGAGUGAAUGGAGCGCCCUGAGUUUCCGUACGCCCUGGCGAGCCGGCACCACCACUCACCCUUCAGAUGACCCAGAUGAUAUCUAUCUYUUCAGCACGCCGCCUGAAACUUUCACCUCCAAAACCCACGGUGUCGUACAAGAGGAUGAUGGUAAUUUGGGUCUGGUGAUCCUCUUGGUUUUGUUCUCCAUCUUCAUACUUACCACCGUCCUUUCCCUUAUUUUUGUCAUAUGGAUGAGACAGAAACGGCGGGAACAUGCAACCAAACAAGAACUCGCCUCUAUGGUCAAGAUGAAAUCUAUGCCAAUCUAAUGAGACUCUUACCUCACAGCAUUUAAUGUGUCAAGGUUUGUUUGAAGUGUCCACAACCUGUCAGCUUCAGCAGUGAGUAAACAUCUUCGCCACACCGCUGUGACAUGCUGAAAUUUCAGCUGGAAUGAUGAACAGAGCAUUACUCCAUCCAACCUCCAGGACAACGGGGGACAAGAGUGGAACGGAGAAUUUUUCGAUAUUUACCACAUGACUGCAGGGGAAAGUUUUGGGAGCCUYGCUGGACUUAUUCAGUGGCAUCCAAUUAACUGCACUACCCACAAUGCAUUACAGAGUYGCCAGGAGAAACCUGCGACCAAACUCUGCUUACUUAAGCCGCGAUAACUCCUCAGAGGAACGAAAAAUAACACAACACAGCACCAUGACAAUUCUACUUUCACAACCAAUGCUGCUUCAGGUGGACUGACUCUUUGUGCCUUUUGAACUUUUUUUUUUUUUUUUAACCAACAAAAUAGGACAAGAAAUUCAGCUGCCAAAAACAAAAAGAUAGGAUUUUUAUUGUGGAACGGCUUGGCCCUUUCUCCCCAACCAAAACAUUUCCAUUUCAUUCAUUUAUUUUAUGAGUCUCUCUGUGUGAAUAAACACAAUCAUUCUUACAUUGACUGACUCAAUGCUGUGAAGGAAGCAGAAGCUCUGCCAGUCUGUGUGAGUGCGUCUGAUGCCAAAGCAGCAACAAUGGGCAUUACAGCCUCUGCUGGAGGGGGGUGGCGGAGGGGGGUGGGGUUAACGGGAGAUUAGAAAACAAUCUGUAACCUGCUUUGGACCUGAGGGAGAAUUUUGCGUUUUGAAGAAUGAGGGCCAAGGAGGAAAUGCUGGGUAGUAAGGACUUUAUCUGGUUUAUAAUGAACGAUUUUAUGUUGCAUGAURCCAUGAUAUGUUGCAUGAAUGGUUUUACGUUGCAUGACCCCAUUAUGUUGUCUGUCACGUACAGUACAUGUAUUUUCUUGUUCAUUUAUGUAUUUUAUCCAUCCAUGGACAAUUUUGUUUUUAUGUGACUGAAAGACUGAGAAGGAAAAGAGGAGAGACUGGCCUUUCACARAUCACCAGCAUUAAGACGUCACUUACUUAGUCACAUAUAAAAGAUCUUAGAGAGUUUUUGAUACACCAUUAAAUUCCAUCACAAGUUGAACCCAUUGAAACUGAACUGAAAAGUCAAUGGAAAUCUAAAUCUAAUCAAAAAUAUUCACUUUUUGCAGACAAUUUGGAAAUAAAGCARGAAAUGCAUAGUGUAAUAAAUAUCAAGUCUUUUUUAGGGCCCCUUUAAACUGUACUAAAACCAGAACAUGACGUUUAAAUGGUCUUUGCAUUUUAACGUCAUGACUCCUUCAGUGUUACUUGAAGGAGUCCUGCAUUGGUAACCUUGUUCAUGAUAUGUGGGCAUUGUGCACCACAGUUGGUUUGGUCAUCAGAAUUUGAGACACUGGCCUACAACCUAAUUCUACUCAAACUCAAGUAAUUUAUUACUUUGCAGAGCAGCUGCUAUUCACACGAGGCUGGAACCGAUAGGAUCUCACCGAGCAGCUUAAGCAAACACUCCAUGCUAAUAAACACACUUCCACCUUGAGCAUAGAUAUAGUUUUGUACUCGGYAUCAAACAAGGUUCCACAGCUGUGGAGAAGUGCACACGACUCCAAAUKGUGCAUAUACACCUUGUGCAAAAAGUUUUGUUUUUCUUGCUGAAUUAAAAAAUAAAUAAAUAUCCCCCAGGUUACCAGAAGCCACUUCAUAGUUGCACAAAAGUUAAUUGCAAGCAUAAACCCUCCAGUACCAAUUACUUACAUUUUUCUCAUUUCAUACAAAUUGAUCAGUUGAGAUCUCAAGGCAUGUGUGCUUUCAGCACCCAGCAUUUUUCUCAUUAAUAUGAAUCUGAUGAAUCUUAAAGAGAAAAUUCCUGCUAACCUUUGUGUCACAUUUCUUAUUCAGGCAGCAGUGAAAAGUUAGCAAUUGUAAUACAGGCAAAGUUGCUGCUCUCUAUCCUCAGUGUUAUGAACUGCAUCGUGUUCUGCUGACCAGCGUAUUUUUCAGAUUGUAUAAAGACUGAAAUAAGAUUAUGUGACGGAUCAGGAGGUGAAUCGAUUUACCACCUUUGAGAAAGCAUAUUGACCACAGAAGAAAAGUUUGAUUCGGAAGAGGCUGGCGAUGAGUAGGGGGAAGGAGGAAGAUUAAGCAGAAGCCAAUAAGGUUAAUACAAAAUCGUGACAUGCAAACACCACAUAAACGAUUGUGGUGCCACCUUCUCCAAAAUAAGGCUGAAACUGAAGGUUGAGGUGCAGAAACCUCACAUAUAGAGUGGUGAGAGAGACAGAGAUUAAACAAAUUGUGAGCAGAGUAAUAAAAUAGUUGAAAUGUGAAAUCUGGGGAGGAUUUGGCACGACCCAGUCUGAGUGAUCAUGAGGGUUUUAGAGACCAUGAGAUGGUUUUAACCCAGUCUAAAGGGRCCCUAGUAAAUCCUGGGAGCUGUUAUUAAAGAAAAAGAUCAUCUAAAGAAAGAAAGAGAAGAAAGUUUAACAUCCUACGUAAGGUUACAUUUUUUGCUUAUGUAUGUUAAAAUAGUUGAAUACAAAAUUAAAUUAUUAGACAUAUAAUCCCCAAGAGAAGGAUAAGGAAAUCAAAGCAUUUUGUUUUACAGUAAAACUGAGAUGAUCUCCAUUAGAAGUCUAGUAAAGAGCUACAGUAUGUCACAGUCUGACACAUAUAGUCAUAGUUUCUGCUGUUUAACCCYUUCUGUCAACGCCAGAGGAUGCAGACAGUUUGCAUAUAGCAGAUCAUAUUAGUGGGAUCCAAAUAUUUGCAUUGCAGCUUAUUUCCAUUUUCAACAUGGGGCUCCUUUUACUUCAGGGAGGUGGCUUGUGGACAGUUACGACGGAUGUUAGCUUSUGGUUUUGAGCACCACCGUAAAUGAACGGGUUUUGGUUAUGCUGAAGACAUUGAGCACUUUUUGAGGAACACGGUAAAGGCAGGGACCGGGUGAGGAGAUUCACUUCAACUGCAUUAAUGGAACCUAUGGUUGUUGUUUUUUUUUUUUGGUGAGGAUUGCACAGCUUUGUCACAUUGAUAAACUCUGAUGUUGUGUUAAUUAACCGUCAACUUGUCAGUGAAAGUUUAUAUAACUGAAUGUGCACAAGAUAAACUGACAAGGGUUGCUUUCACUCUACACACCAACUCACAAAAAUGUUAAAGUUCUGAAAUACCUCUUUUACAGCUUUCUCCUUUACUUCCUCCUUCAAUGUUUGUGUUUCUUUCUUUUAUCCUUUGAUUCUAUUCUGCAAAUGUAAAGGUUUUUUUUUUUUAUUCUAGUUUUAGAAACACAAGGGUGCAUCCAAGUCAAAUUGUUCCAGUUUGACGACUGUAUGUUUUCUAAAGCUAACUUCAUAUAUAUAUAUAUAUAUAUUUUUUUUUUGCAUGGAUUCCAGCAAAGAUUACCUGUAUAUUAUCACUGUAUAUCACAGAUAAUGGAUGUUAAAGUGUAUGUGGUGUUUAUAAACCUGUUCAUGGGGGUAGGUUUGCAGACAUGGUUUGCUCAGUCACAAAUUGACAAAUAUUUUCGAGAAUUGGUGAAAAGAUUUUGCCUCUGACGUUUGAACUCUCAAAAGGGAAUGCUGGUGGUACCGUGCCUUGCAAGAGUAUUUCUAUAUAAUCAUUCGAACACAUGGAUAUGCUUUCAGUUCAACUUCAGUUAAAUGUCGCCGUAACUCAAGGAAGCGUAAUUUGAUCUCAUCUGACCAGAUAAACUUUUUGACAUAAAAUGUAUURGUGUUUCAUUAGUGAAUACUUCUGCCAGGCACUCUAARUCAAUCCAAACAGCACAUAGUUUAGGUUUAGAACUGGCUCUACUGACUGAGUAUAAUUCAUGUCUGCAGAACCUUUCCUGCGAUAUGUAUUUGUGUCUUUGACCCCAGUUACAUGAAGCUGUGUUGCUGUACACUUACUGUAUGGAUAGUGAAUCACUUUUAUUCUGACAUGCUUAAUUCUAGGACUUGUUUUAUUUCUGUCCUGUCAAGUGAACCAUAGCUUUUCUCUCUGACCUCUUCCCUUAAAUUUUGUAUUAAUAUUCGGAAUUUUUAUUUUUAUUUUUUUUAUUUUAUUUACAUAAUAUGGAUCAAACUGGAUUUGGAAGAUGGCAAAAACUUGCUCAAUGAAAAGCAGAGAGACUAUAUACCCCUAAUUUUGACAUCUUGCUGAAAUUAAUGAAUUUGUGUUUGUGGUUCUGGGAAAAAAAAAGUCAUAUUUGCAGAUUGGAUCUGAAACAUUCUCAGCAUGGAUUCUGUGUGCUCAUCAUUGUCGUUUAUUUCCCCUGGUUUGAGGUUGACGGCUAUCUGCUAUGUUUCUACAUCGUGAGCAUCUAUGGGUGUAUUUCUGUUUCACUCUGGUGGUGUUUUCUCUGGUUCUGUGGACAGAAUUAUUUCAUUAUCCCUCUGCAGUGUGAUACUGUAUGGAGCCUGUUGGUUUUUAAUCUUACAAGCUCAGUACACUCAGGCAUCCUCGCUCAGAUGUAAAUAGUUUAUUUUUUCUUUUUUUUUUUU